UUUGAGUCCUUAACAGACCUGUUUGAAAAGUCCUCAAACCAUCCACAGGAAUUGACAUCGACCCACUUCUCACAAGAUCCCACCUUAACACCCUACGAGACUACAAGAACAAGGGUAUAAAACCCACCAAAAUUUUUGAAAUUCAAUGGAAGAAAUAGUGUCAACCGAAAAGGUUAUAGCUUCAAACGAAUUCGUUGUCGGGUCCGUGCCGACCGUCUUUUACAUUCCCGACUACAUUACUGCUGCUGAAGAAGACCAGCUCUUGAAUAACAUUUACCAAGCGUCGAUUUCCAAGUGGAAAUCUUUGAAGAAUAGGAGACUACAAAAUUGGGGAGGUGUAGUGCACGAAAAGGGUCUUCUCGCCCAAGAUUUGCCACCUUGGCUAAAACUCGUGACAAAUAGGAUAUACGAGGAAUCAAGGUUGUUUCCAUCAGCAAUUAAUCAUGUGCUUAUCAAUGAAUAUCUUCCUGAUCAAGGAAUUAUGCCACACCAGGAUGGACCUGCGUAUGUGCCGGUGGUGGCAAUCCUAUCUCUUGGAUCGCCUGUUGUUAUGGACUUUGUUCCACAUCCUAGUUUUUGUGGAACUGCUACAGACAUAUCAGGAAACAAUGGCGAAGAUAUCAUUUCUAAACCAGAUAAUAUAAAGAUGAGUUCUGGGGAAUAUUUGAGUGAAUACCGUCCCUUUUCAGUGGCCUUGAUGCCUCGCAGCUUGCUGAUAUUUAAAGAUAAAGCAUACUCAGACUUUUUGCACGGCAUAAAAGAUUGUGAGUUUCAGCGAUUUGAUGAGGCUGUAAAUGUUACCAAUUGUCUGAAAAGUGAAGCACAAUUAGCACAUACGAUUUCAGGGUUGAAGAUUGAUGGGGAAGCUGGAGACAAUGUCAUUCACAGGACUGGUACAAGAGUUUCUCUUACAUGCCGGGUCGUGACGAAAGUUCACAAACAUUUGAUAAAGCUUUAGGUUUAGACCAUAGAGCAAGAGAUGGAUGGUUUUCAGUUGAGCCCUUUUGAUAGAUCGCAUGGAAAAGUCUGAUUUGGAAGUUGCAAGAAACUGUAAGAAGAGAAAAACAAUUAUAUUUAAGCAUGAAUUUUCCUCAUUUUUGUGUGUAAUAUAUAUUUGAUUGUUUUGUUAUUUGCCAUCUACGGACUA